GGAGAUAGCCUAUUUUAGUCCGGGGUUCGCUUCUCCCCUCGCAUACCAACCUUUCUUAUUAUACCUCCGUGAUACAACAGAGGUAGAGGCAAAGAGGGUGGUUAGAAAACUACAUGUCCCAGAGAUCGCGGCGGCAACAAAACAUGAAUCUAGGCAAGGGGAACAUGGCAGCGCCGUCAAGCCAGUCAUGUACAGCUCUGGAGCGGUCAAUCCGGGAGCGGGUCCCGACGCUUCUCACGGACCUCUACCAGUUCACCAUGGCAUAUGCCUACUGGCGUUCGGGCAGGCACAACGAGCCCGCCGUUUUCGAACUGUUCUUCCGCGACAACCCGUUCGGCGGCGGCUUCUCGCUCUUCUCCGGAAUGCACGACUGCCUCCUGUUUCUGCGGAGCUUUCGAUUCACUGACGAAGAUGUGGAGUACCUGCGUUCCGUGCUGCCCCCAGCCACUGACCCUGCCUUCUUCCUGUUUCUACGGGAACUGGACUGUUCCGGUGUCACACUCCACUCUGUCCCCGAGGGAACGGUGGUCUUUGCCAGGGUACCUCUGAUGGAGGUGUCUGGUCCUCUGGCUGUGGUUCAACUACUGGAGACCAGCCUGUUGUGUCUGGUCAACUACGCCAGUCUGGUAUGCAGUAACGCGGCCCGGUUCCGUCUGGCUGCUGGUUCCAGGAGGAAGCUGUUAGAGAUGGGCCUGAGGAGAGCACAGGGGCCUGACGGGGGCCUCACAGCCUCAAGAUACACAUACGUCGGAGGGUUUGAUAUGACCAGUAACGUCCAGGCUGGCUUCCUGUUUGGAAUCCCCGUGGCGGGAACCAUGGCACACUCUUAUGUCACUUCUUUUUCCUCCCUGGAGGAGGUGUGGCCUCAGACGCUAGUGGCAGCAAACGGGGAUCAUGACAACAUCGAUCUGAUCUCGCUGACCAAGGGUUGGCUGGGGCGUGUGUGUGAGCUGCUGGGGGCAGAAUCUGGGAAGAUCCAUGAGGGCGAGCUGGCAGCCUUCUUGUCCUAUGCCAUCGCAUACCCACACAACUUCCUGCCGGUCAUCGACAGCUACAGUGUCACCUGUAGUGGCCUGCUCAACUUCUGUGCUGUGGCCCUGUCUCUGUUUGAGCUGGACUACAGUCCACUGGGCGUGCGUCUGGACAGUGGAGACCUCUGCAGGCAGUCAGUAGAAGUACGCCAUUUCUUCAGACUCUGCAGUGAACAAUUCUCCAUCCCUGCCUUCCAGUCCCUUCUCAUAGUAGGCACCAAUAACAUCUCAGAGUACAGCAUGGCCGAACUCAACAAGAAGGAGAAUGAGAUUGAUGUGGUUGGUGUUGGAACACAUCUGGUCACCUGCACGAGACAGCCUUCACUCGGGUGUGUGUACAAGUUGGUGGAGGUUCGGGGCAGUCCCAGGAUGAAGUUCAGUGAGGACCCAGAGAAGAGUACUGUUCCUGGGAGGAAGACUGUCUAUAGGAUGCUGGACACGGAGGGCCACCCAUUCUUGGAUCUGUUGUGUUUGUGUGAGGAGCCUGCACCUAAGGCGUGUGUGGCAGUGAGGUGUCAUCCUGUGGUUGGUAACAACACCUGUCAGUCAAUCACACCUUCUCAGGUCAGCUGUCUACGCCUGGAGGUCUACACUAAAGGACAGAUCACACACCCACUGUGCAGCACAGCUGAGACCAGGGAGAAGGUUCAGAACUCCAUCCAGACCCUGCACCCCCGACACAAGAGACUGCAGGAGCCAGAUUCUUACAAAGUGGCAGUGUCUGAGAAACUCCAUAACUUAAUUGCUGAGAUCAGAAAAGGCAGCAGCAACAACAGCGAUUUUCUAUUGGCCAACUGAGACACACAGGCUUCAGUCCCAAAUAGCACCCUAUUCCUUAUUUAGUGCACUUCUUUUGACCAGGGCUCUGGUCAAAUGUAAUGCACUAUGUAUGUCAAAAGUAGCACACUUAAUAGGGAAUAGGGUGUCAUUUGGGAUGAGACCACGUACAGAGGGAGGGAGGAAUCCUAAUACUCUUUUAAAGCUUCUUCCUAAUUGUCUGGUCUCAAUAGACCAAUCAGGUCACACCGUCUACCUAUCCUACUACUAGUACAGCCUGUGUGUCGGUCUGCUUGUGCUAUCAUGGCAACUCCUUGUUUCACAAUGACAGAAAUUACGUUUUUCGUCUUGAACAACGAUCUGGCCAUAAUGGCCACAUGUACUCUUAAAUCUCCACCUGGUACAGCCAGAAGAGGAAUGACCACCCCUCUAGGCCUGCUUCCUUUCUAGGUUUCUAUAAAGCACUUUGUGACAACUUCUGAGGUAAAAGGGGCUUUAUAAAAUACAUUUGAUUGAGUUAACAGAAGCUUAAACAGAUCUGGGAGCAGACUGCUAGUAGGAUUUUCAUAACAUCCACUAACCACCCUGUCUUGUGUUCAGUGGGAGAAAACAUUUGGAAAUGGAGGAGAUGCUACCUGAACAUACCCAAUAUAUACACUCAUUUUAGUUUUUUUUUAUUGUCCAGUUUGCUCCUACUGAACAUGACUUUUCUAGUGGUAUAGGGUUAGGGUUUAGGACCUAGGGUAGAUUGUGUUACUCUCAGAUAAUAUAAAUGAUAUACUGACACAGACUGAGACACAUGGACUGAUGGACUGACACAGACUAUGUCAAACCUCAACCAAAAGCAGUUCAUUUUGACAUAAUGCUGGCAUUUUGGAAUACAGUUGACUGACAGCUAUGAAUCAUGGUGUAGUUUUCUAGUUUUAGUUUGGUACAAGAGCUUGACAUGCCUUCCUGAAAACCCAGUGAUCUGCACAAACAAGCAAUGUCUGUUAAUAUAUCAGUGUUGGAAUUGGCCUUAACCUGGUUCUACAAUGAGAUAAAUGAACAUUGAGAAUGGUUGCAUAAAUGUCUCUACUAUGAGCAAUAUUAAUUGAUAAGCAAUUUUUUUAAGUUUAGAAAGAUUGAAUGUCUCUCUUUGUAUGUCUCAGCCUUGUCUUGCUGAUUUAGUUUUGGUUCUUUUCUUUGGAUUACGUUUCCUGAACCAGGCUAUUAUUUACUGUUCGUUUUUUUAGCAUGGACAUUUUGUAUGAACCAAGCCUUCAAUAUCAUGAUCAAUCUGUACCUGCCUUAACACAUAGUCAAUAUCAUGGCCAAUCUGUACCUGCCUUAAAUUCCCAGUGCGGUCAAUAUAUAUAUAUAUAUAUAUAUAUUUCAACACUAUGGGAUUGGAAUAAUAUUGUGAAAAUUAUGAUAAUAAUGUUUUAAUGUAAGAGCUGUCUGAAAUGACAGCCGGUUUUAGUGUAAGAGCUGUCUGAAAUGUCAGCCUGUUUUAGUGGGAUGGAGUUUCUAUUAUAUAAGUUAAUAGACCAAUAACAAAGAGAGUUUCAAACCUCUCUGCCAAUAACAGCUAGUCUUCAGGUUACAUAUCCCACCCAUUAGGCUCGUUCAAUUUGGCCCUCUACUUAGACCACUCCCAGACAGUCCCAGCUAAAUUCUAGCUUUAACACAUAGCCAUAAAAACAUACAGUAUUGAGAAUCCAGGUAGAAUUUGAACACUACGUCCUUUUCAGAUCCGUUAAAAUUGUACACUAAUUAUUUUUCUAGAAUGACAAGACUAGUAAAACUGAUGUUGUACCGUCCAACCAGGCUGCUAUCUAAUUAACUCUUUUCAAAUACACACACUAGCCUACACAGUUCAGGCAAUCUGGACAAUGUUGUUCAAACAUUGCCAUGGUGUUUGGCUGCCAAUAUUAUGUCCUCUAAUAUAAACUGAUUAGGUGUGUUGUUUUAAGUAGAAGUAUUAGUCUACUAAAUAUAGUUACACGUAUGUGAUAUCUGUGCAAAAUGUGAAUGUCUGUUUGUAUGACAACAUUGUAAUGCUAAGAUGCGUUGUUUUCAAUGGGUGUUUUAUUAAAUAAAAUCUGACAAUGUAUAUGUUGUUGUAGACUAAC